AAAACAAACAAGGUUUAUCAAGUUGGCUGUGGUGUUCGACACUUGCCCGACUUUUUUGGCUAGAAACACCAGACACUUUGUAGGAUUUGUUAGUGAGAAAUGCGUUCUUUCCAUGUCAUUUUUCCUUCCAUAGUGACACAGGAUUCGGACAUUGCAAGGGACGGACCCAACAUCAUCAUUAAUCAGGUUAAAAAUUCACCUUACUAUCAAGAUCAAGCUCAGAGGACCGACCCCACUUGCAUAUUUUCUUGCGGUGCUAAGAUGCCAAUACAGUCUUAGUAAAUAUGGGGGAUCGAUUCAUUAACGAAGGAGUAAAAUGGAUUUUAUUGGUUGUGUGGUUCUUGGCCAACAUUUUAGCAUGGGUAGUAUCCUACAUCACAUACGCAAAUUCAGACGAGUUUUACUACAUGCGUCAUCUAAUGGGGGCGAGUCUUCCCGUCGCUAGAGCCAGCGCAACAUGCCUGAAUCUCAACAGCAUGAUGAUCCUGCUUCCAGUCUGCAGGAACAUCAUCUCAUUCUUCAGGGGUUCCUGCGAGACAAAUAAUUAUUAUCGUCGGAAUCUACGGCGACAACUCGACAAGAACAUCACAUUCCACAAAGUUGUCGCCUACUUAAUCGUUAUCUUCACAGUCAUGCAUGUCGUCAGUCACUGUUUCAACUUUCAACAUCUCUACAAUGCUGCAAGUGGCGAGAGCGGGGAACUAGCGUCUGUCCUCAGCCUACGGACGACGGCGAACGGAGCUAAACUUAAUCCCAUUAGAGUUAUUUCAAAGAAUAGCUUAGGUCUUGGACUGGUUGAGAAAGCUUUGGUACUCCUACCCGGAUGGACUGGUGCAGUCUUAUCUUUAGUCCUUAUAUUAAUGUUCUCAAGCGCCACAGAGUUUAUCAGGAGGUCCUAUUUUGAGACGUUCUGGUUCACCCAUCAUCUUUUUGUACUCUACUUUGCUAUGAUCCUUGCUCAUGGUGCAUUAGGAGUUGUGAGUUCACAAUCCAACGUUGCUCAUCAUGACCCUAAGGUUUGUUAUGAAUUGUACACGGAGUGGCCAUCGGAGCAGUGUCCAAAUCCAGAGUUUGUAAACGGAUCAGCAUCAAGUUGGAAGUGGCUAUUGUUUCCGAUGGUGUGUUACGUUUUUGAGAGGAUCUUUAGACUUUACAGAGCCUGGCAUACCAUCAUAAUCACAAAGGUUGUCCAACAUCCAUCUAAUGUCAUCGAGCUCCAAAUGAAGAAACAAGGCUUUAAGAUGCUGCCCGGUCAGUACAUCUUCCUUCUGUGCCCGUCCAUAUCGAGGAUACAGUGGCAUCCAUUUACAUUGACAUCGGCCCCUGAGGAGGAUUAUUUAAGCAUCCACGUUCGCAUCGUCGGUGACUGGACAAUGAAACUGAAGGAGAGUGUAGGAGGGGACCAAGAAGGAGAGCAGCCAGUAGCACGGUUACCCAAAGUUGCUAUUGAUGGACCGUUUGGGACGGCGAGUAUUGACAUAUUUGAAUAUGAAGUUGGAAUCUGUGUUGGGGCAGGCAUCGGCGUCACACCAUUCGCAUCUAUCCUUAAGUCAAUCUCUGAACGGAUUCUAACUCCUGACUCCGAUCUCAAACUCAAGAAGGUGUAUUUCUUCUGGAUUUGUCGUGACACCAACGCCUUUGAGUGGUUCACGGAGCUCCUGACUUCGCUAGAGACCAGAUUGGCUGAGAGCGGUCGCAGCGAGUUUCUUGAGUAUCAUAUCUACUUAACAAGAGGAUGGAGUCACAGACAGGCUAAGAAUAUCUACUUACAGGAAGAGCAGGAGGUAGAUGCCAUCACCGGACUAAGACAGAAGACCAACUACGGCCGGCCGAAAUGGGACGACACGUUCAAGCAGAUUGCCCAAGAUAAUCCAGGAACGCCGGGGUGUUUUUCUGUGGGCCAAAGAGUUUAUCAAGUGUGCUACACAAAUGCUGCAAUCGUCAUGCCAGCAUGAAAGCAGAUGGCUGCCGCUUCUUCUAUAACAAGGAGAACUUUUAAAACAAAAAUUACAAUUAUUUACUUUUAGAAGACAAUUAGUUUAAGUAGUAAAUUAGUAUAAAACCGUGUCUGUAUUUUUAUGUAGGCCACAUUUGACACUGCCACCAACCGGCAGGGAACAAGCUUAUACACCUUUUUCCACUACCAUGCCUUGAAGUAAUCCACGGCAAUUGUUGGUGCCCUGUACUUUUGCUGUGGUACUCUUUGCAAAAUUCCAAUACAAAUUUACAUUUUUCUCAAAGAAGUGCCUCUAACGAGAGGGAAAAUUGUUGUGCUCCUUCAAGAGAGAAAUUCAGGACCAGCAAUACCAUCAUUGACCAUAGACAAGAUUAGUUGACAAAGAUGUGGAACAGAAGAGUACUCAAGCCUAAAUAUAGACCAUGUGAACAUUGUUUACAAUAAGUGUGACCUUGUACAUUCUUUAAGUAUGCUGGCAGGCAAGAUACU